UCUCAGCCGAGCUUAUUUUGGUGCUGUUCUUAAGCUCCACCACCAUCACCGAAUGCCCCAAAAUAGUCGACCAUACAGGAAAUCUCAUCUUGAACCUCAAGAGCACACUCGUUCCGAUCCAACAAUCAACUCAUCCAUUCCCUUUAUUCUACUAUAAUUUUACCUGUCUUGCCAAUAUCCAUACUUUCUCUACUGCCUGUAUCCUUAUAUUUUCUCUGCAUCAUUCCCCACUGUGGCCUGUCCUUUUUGCUGCUUUCUCUCGUUUCUUUUUCCAACCCUUGCUUAAUUGAUCGAUCCCCUGAAUUUUCCCUCUCCUUUCCAAUUUUCCAUCUUUAUCUGGCUGGAAGACAUCCUCGCCAGUUAUGGCUUCUUCUAAUCCAGAUCCCGACGGGACCGAGGAUGUCAACGAUUUCCUGCAACGAAUCCGCCAGUUGGGAGAACAACGCGACAAGGAGGACGAGGAGCGCACAAAGAAGUUGGAGGAAGAGAUCCUGCAAGGUCGACGGGAGCGACAGGCCCGGAGGGCAGAACGCGCUCGUUCGAUAUCCCCCACAAAAGACUCGCCCCUCUUGGAUGCCGCUCGAUUGAGCAUCUCGUCCAUCGGCUCUCGUCCAAUCGACCCUCCAGAGCAUUUGGAGCCCACUACACAAACAACAGAUCCUGAAUACUCCAACAAGCCCGAUCCGGCUAGCACCAAUCUCGAUUCGACGCUGACAGAGGUUCCUGAGGAACCGAAAGCGAAUGAGUACGAAAUGGACACCUCUCCUACGAGACCUACACCGCCGUCGCCUCUCGCUCGGAGUCGACACGGAACAUUAUCCUGGCAACAGCGACCCUUGUCACGAGAAUUUGGCCGUUCCCUUCUCUCCGCAUCUCCUACUCGCGCAAACCGUCUAAGAUCCCAAUCCUCGGUCACCGGCGAUAGUCAGGGUCAGGAGCGGCCUCCAUCUCGGGAUCAAAAUACACAUGCUUGGUCGGCCAAUGAUACGACUCCUGAACCCCACCAAACCACGGAUCGAGAAUUUGAGUCUCCAGCGCUGCAGAAGAACACCGCAGAUGAUGUGGAUUCGAACCGUGACCAAGAGGUGCCAGAAACCGCUCAGGGAAAUACGGCAGAGCAAGAAAAACAGGUCGGUCAGCAGAAUGUCGACGAACGAUCCCGUUCUCCCUCCAGGGCAAGCUCGACCUUCGGGGAAAGCACCGUGAGCAAUCGAUACUCAAGCAUGUCAUCCGUGUCGACAGCCACAGGACUCGGUUCUCCGCUUCCGCUAUCGAGUGUGCAAAGAUUCGAACCUCCAAAGACAGAAUCGAGCACAGAAGAGCAAUCGCCUCCGUCUCCUAACCAGCGACGACUCUCACCAGAACGUCCGUCAUCACCAACAAAAGGACUUGGUGGAUUCGUCCAGAGUGCUAUGAUGAAACGAUCCGAUACCGUUACGAAGCGGUGGAGUGCACAGCUUCCUUCGAAUCUCACUCGGAACAAUUCUGUUUCCAGCAAUCGCAACAGCAUCGCAGUACCAAACUAUGGGGAUACGUUUUCUGCAACGAGUCCUACUAAGCUCGGCAAGGAUGCUCCGUCUUUAUUGUCCCAUCGCCCAAGCUCUAGUCACAGCGAGGCCACAGUUGUUACCAACAGAAGAGGAAGCGAAAGGCCAUCCACUCCUCCUGUUCCUAACGACGGCAAUGAAAACAGCGGAAGGGAAACAAAGGCUGAGGAAAGUGCAUCUCGGUCAUCGUUCACCCUUCAUGCGAGAACCGCCAGCACCCUGGACAAGGAGGACCGGAACGCUGAUCCUAACCCGACAAGUCCGGUAGUCUCACGGACCAUGGACCCAAAACGGUGGAGCCCUACUAAAGCCACCUGGCUGGAGAGUGCCCUGAACCGGCCCGACUUGCCAAGGCAUAAGAAGCAACCUUCGCAAACUUCCUGGAAGGAUCGGCAGUCCCGAGGCAGUGUCGAUCUGGGCCGGUCAAAUAGCUUUAAGGAAGUCACUCCAGCGGGUCUUAUGCGUCCUGUCCCUCUCGGUAACCACUACAAAAAACCUAGCAUUACCGGAUUACCGGAUUUAUCUGGCACGCUAGACACAGGCAAAGGAAAGGUGCCUUCUGGUUUGGAGCCUUCCAAGGAGAGUGAGCCAGUGACCAUGGACAAACCAAUUAUGGAGAAGAAGGAUGAAGAGGAGGUUGCACCUUCUCCUUCGCUGUCGACCUCACCGGAAAAGAGCCCAGUUCAAACUACACCGGACGUUCCGGACCGCAAACCUGCACCUCUCACCCUCACGCCCACACCUAAUUUCGCACCACCUUCCCCCCUAUCUGCUCGAGAUCCCGCAUCGCCAAAGCCAAAAGCACAAUCCCCGAUCGUCGACUUUAGGGCCAACCUUCGGAAGCGAGAAGUCACCAAGGAAAAGGAAGCUACACCCAAAGGCGACCAGGAACCGGAGUUCAAGAACAUUUUCGGAAAGCUGAAGAAGACAGAGAAAAAUUCCUUUACGCAACAAAAUGACCUCAAAGACAAUAUCCUUAAGGGCAGGGCGGCAUUGAAUGCGACCGGCGGCCCAAAGAAGAACUCCAAACCGGAUGACGUGAAGGAAGGCCUUCUCAAACAGAAAGACAUCAGGACCGGCGGCGGUGGGUUAUCGAGGCGAAAUACCGCCGGGGAAAACGACGCCCCUGCCAAAUUCGUCCCCGAGGCCAUCGCCAGGCGACAUCACCUUAGUAAAUCGAGUAGCGUCCGAAGCAGUAAUGCACCUUCCUCGCCCUCAACCCUCGAACCCGGCACACCGCGAGACUUGCAGAGUCUGAAGUCGCCUGUUUUCUCGCCUCAUACCGAAGGAACCACCGAAAAUCCAGAAAGCCCAAAUCCCCAAUUCUCGCCUGCGGCUGUCGACUUCGCCGCCCACGAACCCAAGUCUGAGCCCCAACCCGAACCUCAACCGGAACCGCAACCUACCGAUUUCGCCUCCCCCGUUGCCGAACCUAGCUUCGAAGACAAGAUGGACGCAUUGGAGGAACAAACAAAGAAGGACGAUGAGCUCGAAACGAAACAAGAAGAAUCGAAUGCGAGUGAGGAGGCCAUUCAGCCGGUGCGUGCUUUGCCGUCGGAAACCGUCGCGGCAGUCGCAACUCCGUCUGCGCCUGCUGCGACUGAAGGUGUCGCUGCUAAAGGUAAUAAACUUGCAGGCCGAAUUAACCCUGCCUUAGCGGGGCUUUUGUUUCGCGGGCCCUCCAAUGCUGGUGCAAGUGAUGGAUCGAAGGAUACCGUCUCUUCUGGGCAAAGCGGCUCGGAGUCAGCUCCUGGUGCUCCAUUGACGCAUGUCACGAAGAGUCGGGCAAGAGGGCCGAGGAGACGUGCACCAGGGGCUACUGCUACUGGUCAAACGGAGUUGCCUGCUGUUGUUCUACCUGAGUUCCCUUCUCAACCCGAAUCUGUUGGUGAAACAGAAUCAUUUGCCCCAAAAGAUGAGGCGUUCGCUCAGUCUGAGGUACCGAUCCCAAAAGACGAGCCAUUGGCAUUUCAAACUGAGCAGCUCUCUAGUGAAACGGAGCCUGUUGCCCCAAACGAUGAAUCCCCUGCUGCUCAGUUUGAGUCGCCUGUCAACGAGCCUGAGCCAUCUGCUCAUCUCUCCAGCGAAGCAGAAACGCCUGCCCCAAACGACAAGCUAUCGGCGGCUGAGCCUGAGCUGAAUGACCCAAAAGGCGAGCUGCAGACUGUUCACAGUGAGUUGCCUGAGGCAUCUACAAUCAAGAUUGAGCAGUCUGCUAUUGAGGCGGAGUCACCUGUCGCGAAACAUGAGCCUGCCAUGGAGUCCGAAUCUGUAAUCAUGCAUCCAGAGUCGCCGUUUACCCCAAGUCAUGAGGUGUCCACCGCUCAGAUUGAGUUACCAGUCAGUCAACCUGAGUCUUCGGCGCAAUCUGAGCUGCCUUUUCCGAAGGACGAGCCCAUGCCUGAGUUCGAACGCCCUGUCGCCCAGCCUGGGACACCCUCCAUUCAACAUGAGCAGCAAUUCGAAGUAGAACCGACCGGUCUAAAGGAUGAGCUUGUCGGUGAGCCUGAAGUUAUUGCCACACAGCUGGAGUCUCCUAUCCCGAAAGAAGAUGUGUCGGUCAGCCAAUCUGAGGUUUCGGCUCAACCUGAGCUACCUUCCCCAAAGGAUGAGCCCACGGCUAAGGUUGAACUGCCUACCAUCCAGCCUGAGACAUCCUCCGUUCAACAUGAGCAGUCUACGGCUGAAGCAGAACCGACCAUUCUAAAGGACGAGCCUGUCAUUGAAUCUGAACCAGUUGUGAUGCAGCUGGAGACGGCCAGCCGCAUUGAGCCUUCUGCCCAACCGGAGCUGCCCCACCCAAAGGGUGGGCCGCGCACACCCGAGUUCGAACUGCCUACUGCCCAGCCUGAGGCAUCCUUUGUCCAACAUAAGCAGCAGUCUGCAGCUGAAAUGGAGACCACCGUCCCAAAAGAUGAGCCAGCCAUUGAAUCUGAGCCGAUUGUGGCGCAGCUGGGGUCUCCUGUCCCAAAAGAUGAUGUGGCAGCCAUUCAACCUGAGCUUUCAGCUCAACCUGAGGUGCCUUCCCCAAAGGAUGAGCCGCGCAUGGCUGAGUUUGAAUUGCCUACUGCCCAGCAUGAGACGCCUUCCGUUCAAUAUAAGGAGCGGUCUGCGGCUGAAGCAGAAUUGCCUGAACCUAUUAUAGCGCAGCUGGAGUCACCUGCCCCGAAAGAUGAUGUGCUGGCCAGCCAACCUGAACCUGAGCUGGAUUCUUCUAACGAUGAACCUCAUCCUCCUCAACUUGACCUGCCUAUCACCCAGUCUAAGACAACUUCUUUGCAAGAUAUGCAGCAACCUGCAGCUGAAGCAGAACCGACCAUUCCAAAGGAUGAGCCAGUCGUCGAGUCUGAACCCGUUGUGGCACAAUUGGAGUUGAAGGAUGAUGUGCCAGUCAGCCAACACGAAUCAGAGUCGAACUACGAGCCUCACUCUGCUCAACUUGACCAGCCAGUCAGCCAGCCUGAGACAGCUUCCGUUCGAGACGUGCAGCAAUCUUCGACUGAAUCAGAGCGCUCUUUCAUAGAAGAAGCAUCGACUGCCCAAACUGAGCCGAUUACCAAUAGAGCUACCACUUCGGACACCCAACUGAAGUCGCCAGUCCCAAAGGAUGGCUUCCAAUUCGGAUUUCCAAUUUCACAAACCAAGCAGCCUACGGCAAAGGACGAGUCAUCCAUUGAGUCAUCAUUCCUUCAAGAUGAGCAAUCCACAACUGAAGCAGAGCGCUCCGUCUCCAAUUAUGAAUCGUCGAUAGUCCAAUCUGUGCCGGCUAUCAGUGAAAUCGAAGCUUCAGACGCACAAACUGAGUUAUCUGCCGGAAAAGAUGACUUCCAAUUCGAGUUCGAGCGCCCUGGCGCAAAAGACGAGCCGUCUGCUUCCCAGCCCGAGUUUGAUUUCUCAAAAGAUGAGCCAUCGGUCACUCGAACUGAACCCGAACCUGCCCCAAGAGAUGACUUUUCUCAAUUCGAUUUUCCAGUUACGCAAACUGAAGAGUCUGUAGCGAAGGAAGAGCCCUCUAUUACCGAGCUUGAAUUAGACAUUCCGAAGGAUGAACCAACAAUCCUUCAAACCGAGCCCACUACCGAAGAACAUGAGUCUGCUACGCAACUGGAGUCAUCUGUCCCAAGGGAUGACUUGUCUCAGUUUGAGUUUCCCGUCAUUCAAAUCAAACAAUCAACAUUGGAAGACGAGACGUCGACUCAGCACAACCCGGCUGCCAGUGACCUCGAAUCUUCUGUCCUAGAGCUACCCGCCCCAAAGGACGAACCGUCCCAGGUCGUGCCGCCCUUCAGUGAGCCUGAACCACCUGCCAGCGAGCCGGAAUUGUCCACUACGCACCAGGAGUCACAAUCUGGCCCAGAAGACGAAUCGCCAGUCCAUCCGCCAAAUAUGCUCACCAGUGACCCAAAGCCAGUUGUCCCUGUUAAGCGGCCUACCAUUCAACCGGAGCCGACUGUCAAAGUCACAGAGCCUCAGUCGCCUGUCCCGAAGGAAGAGUCGCCUGUCACUGAGACACCUGCUAGUGAACCCAAGCCGCCUGCACAAGAAAAUGGCCUAUCUGCCGCUCAUCCUGAGCCGGCCAACAGUGAAUCCAAACCGGCUAGUACGAAAUCACAGUCUGUCCCGAAGUCAUCAUUUGAAGCCGCGAGAUCAGUCUUCUCCGCUGGUGACCCCAACAGUAACUGGCCACUUCCUGACAGUCCGCCGACGAAUAAAGGAAUUGGUCGGCCUGAGCAAAGUCCAUCUUCCGAGAAGGGCAUGCAGGACACGACAAAUGGUGAGACAGCACCACAGCUUACACCUCAGCCUAAAAGUAAGAUAGACGCGCUUUCUCCGAAAUCUUUCCAUUCAUACGAAGACGUCGAGAAUCUGGGUGAUUCUCCUGCGCAAAGGCCGAUUGUACCGCCCAAGUCACCACGCACGCCUAAUUCUGACCAGAGGUGGAGCCCACAAGUUCGGCAUUCAUCGCAGUCUCCAUCUCCUCUCAGAACAAGCUACAAAGAGAACCAAAUGGAUUCGCCCGUUGGCAGUCCUCAACAGCGGAUAUUUAGUGGGUUCGGGCUCGGCUCGAUCCUCUCUUCUCGACACAAAUCCUUACCUUCUCCCCCGGUUCCUCCCAAAAGAACCGACACACAGCUCUCAUCGCCAAGUUCUUCAAUAUCAUUAGUUCCACAGGCUGAUGAGUCCUUGGAGGUCAUUGCGGAGUUCUUCACGGCUUUCCCCAAAACAACUGACCGGGUGGACAUUGAUCCUCAGCUGAUGCUUAGCACUCGAGAUAACGAUUCCAAAAUCCGAACCUUGAAGAAGCAGGUAUGGGAGAUUACAGGCGAGGGCAAGAGACAAGACCUCCCCAUCAACCAGGAGUACAUUCUCUACGAAGGCAGCAUGUACUUGUGUGUCCACACGUUUGAGUUUGAGUCGGACUGCAGCACACGCUCUGAGACUCACUUGUGGUGUGGUGACGACGUGCCGGACCAUGCCAUAGACGAUGCGCAGACCUUUGCUCGCAAGGUGGCUAAAGAGCAUAGUUGCAAGCUUGAAGUUAUCAAGCAAGGUAAAGAAACCGCUCGGUUCAUCCAAGCGGUCGGAGGCAUUCUGAUCACACGUCGUGGAUCGAACUCUCGCUCAAGUUUGUCGGCCUUGUACAUGCUUUGCGGACGGAAACACUUGAAGCAAAUGGUGUUCGAUGAAGUCGACUUCACGCGACGCAACCUGUGUUCCGGCUUCCCGUUCGUGAUCUCUGCGCCGUUUGGCAAGUUGUAUCUAUGGAAAGGAAAAGGAAGCACCGCAGAAGAAAUCGGUGCGGCUCGGCUCAUUGGCAUGGACCUUGGUUUGACCGGAGAGUUUGAAGAGGUUACUGAGGGCGAGGAGCCAGAGAGCUUUUUCGAAAUCUUCAACUACCGGGAUACGGAGGAGUAUCUACGUUCGGAGGACUGGCAGCUUAAGCCCAAUCACGAACAGUUUCGUUGCAGACUGCUUCGUGUCGACCACGAACUUGGCCAGCGGUCUGGAUUUUGGAUGCGACGCCCUGGUUCUUCGUCUCCGAUUAUUCGGCCCAAUGAUACUGUUCAGGCAAUUGAACCAUAUUGCUACAAGGAUAUCACGCCUAAGGGGAUUUACAUCCUUGAUACCUACUUUGAGCUUUAUGUAAUCGUUGGUGAGCAGGCUGCUCAUCGUCCCGCCGAAUUCGCGUCGGCUGUGGUGUUUGCACACGAAUACGGCAUUCUGGCUGCUUCUCUUCAGGACCGUCCAUUCAUUCCCAAGAGUUACGUCUCUAUCGGUGGCGCCCCGAACUCGUGUCGAAGUGCGUUCCGCAAAUGGCACAAGGAGACCUGGAAGCUACCUCCGCAAGUGUUUCCCCUGAACGCGGCAAUUGAUGCCAUUCGAACUUGAUAUGACUUAUUUUUUAUUUCCCCUCUUUUCGAUUCUUCUCUUCGUUUGUCCAUAUGUGUGCCAUUUUUUCUUUUAAUAUUGUGCAUACUUGUUUGUUUUGUAUAGAGAUGGUUUGCCCUGGCAUGGUAGAUACGGGAGCAUGGGUCCAUUUUUCCGGACGCGGCGAUGGUGGGAAUUCUCUUUCUUGUCUAGUACUUGCAUGUUGGAGUUGUUUGUUUUGUUCAUACGGAGGGCGUUUUCAUUUCGAUGUAUGAUAUUGAGACAUUUGUUCCAAAUCGGAGACAUGUCCAUAAGUGUAUACAGUCUAAUGGUAUACCAUUGUGCAUAUAAUCAUGGCGAUAAUAGUUCCUUCGUAUCAAAAUGGAGAACUCAGGUUCCUAGAGGGCUAUGAUGGCUGUAAAGAUGCUGGACCUCGGCGGGGCUGGCAGUUGAUUAUCUUGAUUGAUAAGGGCCAUCAGUGAUGGCAAUGCUCAAUGGAGCUGAU